AUGGAAAUAUCAAUUGAAUCAAAUGAUUUACAAUCGUCAAACUUACAAUUAGCAUGGUUAUUAUCUACAUUAGGAUCAAAAUCAACAAUUAGAAAUAGAAUGAUGAGAAAAGAUAAUUUAUUAUCUAUAUCAAUACCUAAAUUAUGUGAAUCAAUAUUAAAACAGACUGAAAGUAGAGAUAUUAGAUGGUUAAGUAAUAUAAUGCACGGUAUAUCAAUUAUAUAUAAUUCAAAGAUUAAUUAUUUCAUGAAUGAUUUAAAUUUUAUUCAAAUGAGGUUGAAACAUAAUUAUAAUCAAAUUAUAAUCAAUAAUGAAAUUAAACCUACUUUAAAAAGAGUCUUAUUAAUUGAUGAUCCCAAUUUUGAUAUAAAUCAAGACAUGUCAGUGAUUGAUCAACCUGAAUGUGUUAAACGUAGAAAAUUAGCUAUUAAACAAUUUGAUUUAAAUAUUUUUCCAAAUUUUACGAUUCAAAAUAUUAAUGUUAAUGUUGAAACAAGACAACCAUUUAUAAUUAAUUCACAAGCUACUAAAAUUGAUCUAGUUGAAGAUGUUGAUUUACAAGAUUUUAUAAUUGAAAAUAAUAAUGAUGAGGAUGAUCAUGUUGUACCACCUGAUUUUGACUUAGAUUUUAAUCAAGACCAAAAUAUGGAUAUUGAAAUAAAUUUUAAUCCAAUUGAUUUAUUAGAUGAGAUUGAAGAAAAUAAUGCUCAAGAAAUUCAACAAGAAGAACAAAUUGGUCAAGAUCAAGGAACUAUUUCAAAUGAUGCUAAUUUUGCAUUAACUACUGAACAAACAACCGAACAACAACAAAAUGAUGUUAAUUCAGAAGUUUCAGCUCCCAGGUUAAGAAAUAACAGAUUAAUAAUCGAUACUGAAAUAGAUUUAAGCACUUAUGCUUUUGAUUUAAUUAAUGAUAAUUAUGAAUCAAGAAUGUUACAAAAUCAAAUUCAACGAGCACAAUAUCAUGAACCAGUUUAUUCCGGUGUCUAUCAAUCUACAAUUCCAUUAGUACAAUACAUUCAAAGAAUCACAACUAAUAACAAUAGUACAUUAAAUUCAACAAGUUUAAAUACAACAACAUAUCAUUCAAUCUUACAAAAUUCAUUAGUUCGUGAUGUUAGAAAUAUCGAUGUUUUUCAAAGAAAUGAAAAUGUUCAAACUAAUGUAAUUGAAGAAACAAGAAGGGAAAUAUCUCCAGAUUUAGAAUUUCGAAAUGAUGUAUUUGAUAUAGAUAUUCCAUAUCCAGAAGAUGAUGAAAUUCAAAAUGAAAUAAUUGAAGAAUUUGUUGAAGAAGAAGAAAGUUAUACUGGGUCCAUUAUUGAUGAUUCAUUAAAUACGAAAUUGAAUAAAUUUUUAAAAUAUUUAAUCAAGAGAUGUCAAACUAAUAAAGAAAUUUUAUUUAGUGAAUUGGUUCCAUUUGUUCAAGUUGAUGAUUAUAUUGAUGAUGAUGAUAAGUUGCCUGUUGGGAAACGUGUUGCUAUUAAUUCAUUUUCUAGUGUUUUGGCUUUGGCCAGUACUGAUUUAAUUGAAAUUGAAGUUUUAAAUCAGGAAGAUUAUAAAUUGGUUAAACCCCAAGAUAUAAGAAUUAGAUUAAUAAAUGAAAAUUAA